UGCAGUGUUGCGGGGAGGGCAGAGCAAGAUGGCGUUGCUGUUGCUGCUGCUGCUGCUUCGCCCAGGGUCAGCACUGGAACAGCUCCUUCCUUUGCAUUCCCACUAGCACCGGCAGCUGCUCUGGAGUGCUGCAGCCGCUCUGCAGCCAUCUCUCGUGCCUUGGCAUUACUGCUGCCGCCAGUGAUUCCCCUCACCGCUCCAGCCUCUCCAGAGGCUCUUGUUUUGGUGCAAAGCUUUCCCCCUGUGUGGCGGGCGGGGGGCGGUGAGUGUGUGGUGGGGUUUUGUUUUUUGGCAAGACACACAAGGCUGGAUCCAUUCUUUCGGAGACUGCACCAGCUCAGGUGCAAUUUGAUUUGGCAGGCAGCUUUUUCUUUUCCCCUUAGCUUGUUUUAUUUUGCAUUUCCAGCCCGGAAAGCCAGCGUGGCUGCCCUUAAAAAAAUAAAAAAAUGGAAUGAAAUGAAAAAAUCAAAGCAACUCUCUUAUGCUACCACUUGCAACGGUGGCAACUGCAACCCGACCCCCGCUCUCCCUUAAUCUUCCCAUGGAGGAUGCAAUCUGCUAAAAAAAAAAAAAAAUACCUGAAGGAGACGCAUUGGGAUAAUAACAUGAUGGAGGAAGAGGAGGAGCUGCAGUACUGAAUUCCCUGGCUGUGCUAUCAAGAGGAGAGGAGAUGGUGAUUUUUAAUGUGGCACCGGUGCAACUUCUGGAGUUGUGAGAGCUUUUAGCCCCCCUCCUUUCCCACCGUCUCACCUGCCUAGUGCCUGCCGCCUCUGUCAUUUAUUUUGGACCCCCGUUUCUCUUUCUGCCUUUUCCGCACCCCCCCGUAAACCCCCCCCCCCCACUUUUCUGCUUUGCCAUGGGAAUGGUGGCAAAUCUCUUGGCUAUUGUCAUGUCGGCUUCAUUUUUCAACCCCAGCUUUGCCUUCAGUUCGCACUUCGACCCUGACGGCACUCCCCUGAGUGAGCUCUCCUGGUCCUCCUCUCUGGUGGUUGUGGCCGUUUCCUUCUCUGGGCUCUUCACCUUCAUCUUCCUCAUGUUGGCCUGUCUGUGCUGCAAGAAGGGGGGCAUUGGCUUUAAGAGCUGGAGAAGCGAAUCCCAGGAGAAGAGGCUGAGGAUGGUUUUGAGGUGUCUGCCCUGCACCGGGGCCAGCACAGUGCCAAAAACAGCCUGUAAUGUAGAACUGGGAGACCCUGGGCAGCCCUCCCCCUGCCCCCUGACUAAGGAAUUUGAUAAUGCUGAAGGAGAAGAAUAUGCGAGUGAAUUCUCAGCCCAGGGCUCUCCAGCCACACAGAAUGGCCCUGAAGUUUACAUUCUGCCUCUCACUGAAGUCUCCCUACCCAUGUCCAGGCAACCUGGGCGCUCAGUGCAGCUGCUCAAAUCCACUGACCUGGGACGCCACAGUCUGCUGUACCUGAAGGAAAUUGGCCAUGGAUGGUUUGGCAAGGUGUUUCUUGGUGAGGUGAAUGCAGGACUGAGUAGCACUCAAGUGGUUGUGAAGGAGCUAAAGGCCAGUGCUAGCGUGCAAGAUCAGAUGCAGUUUUUGGAAGAGGCCCAGCCAUACAGGGCACUCCAGCACACCAAUCUCCUGCAGUGCCUGGCCCAGUGUGCAGAGGUGACCCCCUACCUGCUGGUGAUGGAGUUCUGCCCAUUGGGUGACCUGAAAGGCUACCUGCGAAGUUGCCAUGCGGCCGAGGCACUGGUGCCCGAUCCCCUGACGUUGCAACGCAUGGCCUGUGAGGUGUCCUGUGGCCUGCUACACCUUCAUCGCAACAACUACGUGCAUAGUGACCUGGCGCUGCGGAACUGCUUGCUCACAGCUGACCUGACCGUCAAAAUCGGCGACUAUGGCCUCUCUCACUGCAAAUACAAAGACGACUACUUUGUCACGGCUGACCAGCUGUGGGUACCCUUGCGCUGGGUGGCGCCGGAGCUCAUCGAUGAAGUACACGGCAACCUGCUUAUUGUCGACCAGACCAAGUCCAGCAAUAUCUGGUCAUUGGGGGUGACCAUCUGGGAACUCUUUGAGCUGGGUGGCCAGCCCUACUGCCACUACUCAGACCGUCAGGUGCUCACCUAUGCGAUCAAGGAGCAGCAGCUUAAACUCCCCAAGCCACAGCUCCCACUCUCACUCUCUGACCGCUGGUAUGAGGUGAUGCAGUUCUGCUGGCUGCAGCCAGAGCAACGCCCCACCGCUGAGGAGGUGUACCUCCUGCUCUCCUACCUGUGUGCCAAGGGGGCUUCAGAAGCUGAGGAGGAGUUUGAGCGGUGCUGGAACUCCAUGAAGCCCGGGGGAGGAGGUGGGGGCUCUGGCUCUGGCUCCAGCCACGUGGGCGUGGAGCUCUCCUCCUUCCCCCUGCUGGAGCAUUUCUCCAACGAUGGCGACGACGUCCUCACCGUCAUGGAGACGAGCCACGGCCUCAAUUUCGAGUACAAGUGGGACCAAGGCAAAGCCGAGCACCUGCCAGCUUCAGCCAUGAGCCCUCACGGCGCUGCCCACUAUCACGAGCUCUAUUAUUCAGCCAGUGGCAGUGGUGGCGGAGGAGGAGGUGGCCACCUCAGACUGGGGGUCUCGCCCUCCUGCUACGAGUGCAAAGUGCAAGGCUGCUCAGGCCUGCACACGCCGGGGGUGGUGCCCGUGCUGAGCGCCCACAGCCCCUCCCUGAACAGCGAGUACUACAUCCGCAUUGAGGAGGCCGCCUCCGAGGGGAGUGGGACUGACCUGGAUUACACCAUGUGUUCCUACAGCCCUGAGUUUGGCCGUCCCUCCCGCUGGCAAACCAAGGAGGGCUGCUAUGAAUCGAGUAACAGCCCUACUGUCUCCCUCACUAUGGAGCCUCUUCUGGGCCACUCGGACAGUCACUGGGAAACCCCUGACUACUACUCCUAUGGAGGACAAGGGGACAAGGAGGCCCCAUACUACGAGGCCUCCCCGAAGGACAGUGCUGAGAAUUACUUGCUCCAGGAGACUAGGGACUCGGAGUGGCCCAGCCCAGCUUUGCAGAAAAGCAUCUUUGCUGAUCCUCUGGGCGUGUCUCCGUCAGUGGCUCCCAGCUGCAAGGAAGCCAUGUCUGACUCUGUCACUCUGGAACUGGGUGAGGAGAAUUCAUGUGGCAGUCCUAGGAGUGAAGGGGGCGAGCAUGAGGAAUCCCCUUCUUCAAGCAAGCACUGGACAUCCAACACUUCAGCCAACAAUAACAGCUGCCACCCGCUGUCACCGUGUGAACCACCCGCCAAUGACAGCUGGUGCUACCGGCACAUGAUCACUUUCCAGGGCCUCAUGGCAGAACCACUGUGCACAGUGCCCCGGGAUGAGCCCACCCUAGGGAUCAGGGACCUGCGAGCAGCAUUGCUGGGUGGGGAGCGUGUGUCAUCAUCUCACGCAAGCUCCCCGUGCUCAGACACUGACUCGGCUAGAGAGGGGGAAAUGCCACCCGAGGUUGCUAGUACAAAGAUAACUAGAGAGGACUCCACAGAUCAUCUGACAGAUGGAGGGGAUGAGUGCCACCAGGGCAUCACACCACCAGUGAGGGAAACAGAUUUGGUGACAUCGCCGUCGUUAUCCGUGCAAGAAGAACCAGCCAGCUUCAUAGACACUGGGGAUGCCAUCGUGUCAGCUGAGCUAAUAGCGGAGGCUUCAGGAGCUGGAGAAGAUUCUGACCUUGUGGAGGAGCCCCCAGCCGAAUGCCCACUCAAUGUGCCACAGGAAAUUAAUAUAGAGAGUGGGAAGAGUGUUAACAGUGAGCAGGACCGAACGCCAGACAAGACAGUGUCAAGUGCCAGCUUCCCUGACUUGGAUGAGGCCAGCGAUGAGGAUACAGCUGAGCUCACAUUUGGAGUCUUUACUGACUUCCCAGUUGAUUCUUCCGAGCGGCAGGAUAUCGUGCCCACCUUCAAGUCCUUGCAGAAGCAGGUGGGGACCCCUGACUCACUGGAAUCAUUGGACAUCCCCUCCACCACCAGCUCCUGUGAGGCUUUUAGCCCAACAACCUAUGUGUCCUCAAGCCAGCCCAAAGCCCUGGACAGUGGCUAUGAUACAGAGAACUACGAGUCCCCUGAGUUUGUCCUCAAGGAGCCUCAUGAGCCCCGAGAGUCCGAAACCUUUGCUCAGCUGGGGAAGAUGACACAAGAUGACAGGGAGGGCCAACCCACAGAGCUAGGCAUCUCCAGUUCCUUCAGUGCUGAGCUGCAGGGGUUAGAUGAAAAGAACCCUUACCGUGACUCUGCCUACUUCUCUGACUAUGACACUGAGGGGGGAACUCGGGAGGAUGGGGAAGGGGACAGUGAUGGUUCUGAGGGGCACGAGCCAGAGGUCUCUCAGGUAGACACUGAAGGGCUGGGGAAGGACUCUGACCCAAAUGGCAGUGCCGGUGAGUCUCUGCCUUCCUGUCCUGAGCCCACAUGCCCAUGUGGAGACAGUGUGGGGUGUACUGGGGAACUGUCUAUCAGGGAACAUGCUUUCAACUUGUCACAGGAGUUGCUGGUGUAUAGAGUUGCUGCUGAUGAGCUGGACUCAGACUCAUCGAGAGACAAGACGGAGGGGACAGUUGUUGUGCCCCAGACCCCUGCCCCCACCACCAGAUCCUUUUUCUUGUCACCUGUGGUCAUGAGUCCAGAAGCACCUGGGGGAGAGGUAGAGGUAGGGGAUGCAGGGCAGGAGCGUGUAGUAAGGGAGUCAGGGCAGCCUGGGGAAGUGCGGGGAACUCUCCAUUGUGAGGAGGCACCGAGCAAUCCUGGACUCUCCAAUCUCUCGCUGGACUUAGCAGUGGUGCCAUCCCGGCACUCUUCUACCCCCGCUGAUCCUGAGGAAGAGGAGGAUGACACCGAGGACAGUGAUGAGUCAGACGAGGAACUGCGGUGCUACAACAUCCAGGAGCAGAGUGAGGAGAGCGAGGAGGAGUUGCUGACUGUGCCCAUUGUGGUGGCCGAGAGUCACAGUGCUCGCAACCUGCGCAGCCUGCUUAAGAUGCCCAGCCUGUUGGUGGAGUCCUUCUGCGAUGAUGAACGCAAGAAGAAAGCUGUCUCCUUCUAUGAUGAUGUCACUGUCUACCUCUUUGACCAGGAAAGCCCCACAAAGGAACUUGCAGAGCAGCCUUUCCCGGGAACGACAGAGCCGCCCUUGGUGCCACCGGUGCAAAAGGAUAGCAAUGGCUCUCCAAGCCCAGCAGACACGACAACUGCACCCAACAGCUCCUCAGAAGGCAGUACCUCUGAAGAGAGUAAGGGUGGUGGUUUUGAGUGGGAUGACGACUUCCCACUCAUGCCAGUGAAAUCAUCCCUCAUGUCAUCAUUGACAUCCGUGGCCCCUGAGCCUGCCCUCCCCAGUCUGCCACCCACACUAGUGCCAGCUCAGAAGCAGGUGUUGCCCAUCCAGUUCUCACGCUUCACUGUCUCACCUGCCCCAGCGUCACGGUUCUCCAUCACACACGUCACUGACUCCGACGUCGAGUCCGUAGGAGGCAGCAGUGAAGAUGGUGACAGAGAGUGAACUUGGCUAUGCGCUCUCUUUCGGACUUCUCAUCUUGCCCCCUACAGCACUGGUUUCUGCAUCGGGGCAGAGGAAUAAGGAUUGAGGCCCAGAACCUGAGUGGAGCAGAAGAACUCAGUGGGGCCUCGUGCUGUUUUUUUUAAGAGGCAGAUUUUAUUGGACAGAUUGUAACUGCUGCUAGGUUGGAACUGCCCCACAGCAAGGCGGUUUGUGAUGCGUGUGUGUGUGUGUGUGAGAGAGAGAGAGAGAGAGAGAGAGGAGGGUGUGUGUGUGUGUGUACAGAUAGACAUAUAGACAUAUAGACCCUAUAGCAUUUAAAGGGUAGGAGUAUGACCUCGCUAACAUCACUGCCCCUCCGCCCAAACCAUUUUGAUGCCCCCCUCUAGCUCACACCUUGUGAAAUCUUGACCCAUAUUGGCUUCCCAAGUUGGGGUACCGCCUUGAGACACCACCACCACCACAUCCUGCCUGUCCUGUCAGUGUGUCACAUGUUCUUUCCAGGCCCAGCGUGGCAUAUAGAGAAAGCACGAAGCCUUUCACCCCGUGCUACUCAGAAAUGCUUCUGCUUGGCCCUCAGGCACUGGUACUCCUUUCCCACCCAGAGACUGCAAGCCUUCCUUGCCCUCCACUCAAGACGCUGUGUCAGGAGAUCAGUUGGAGCUGUCCUAUUCGGCCGUGCAGGAAGAAGAGGAACAGCAAGUGAGCAGGAGAGUGUGGUAGGCCAAAUACAAGGGGCAUGUAGGGGGACCAGCCAAGGUUAUGAUGAACUCUUAUUUGGAGGGCCCACCUGGGCACAGCAGUUAUUUCCCCUUUUUGCAGUCUGGUUUUUCACAUAAACGUGCUUACUACUGUC